AAGACUAAGCACAGCUGGACUACAUACAGAACUCACACUAUUAAAGUUUCUUAGUUGACGUCCUCCGCUGAAAUGAUGACACGACUAAAAAAGGGCCAGUUGCUCCUGAAGCUCACCUUUGUACUGGGAUCACUGUGGAUGUUUGCCCUGCUAAUUCACCCCAAAGGGAGCUGGGAUCCUACAUUCACCCUCAGGUACAGCUGGCUGGAGUACACAGACGCUGAUGGCGGCCCAGAGAAAGUGUGCAACUGUUCAGCAAUCCUGCAGGGAGACAGAGAGGCAGUGGAGCACGCAAAGUUACUGACCAUCACUAAAGACUUCCAAAAGAGUGUCCAGAUCCCCGAUGAGUACUAUAUCCAUGCAACCAAAGACUGCAGACAAUUCAAGUUAAGCAGGAAGUACUUAACUUUCCCAUUAAGCCAGGAAGAGGAGGAAUUCCCUUUGGCUUACUCCAUGGUUGUACAUCAUAAGGUGCAGAACUUUGAGCGACUGCUGCGAGCCAUCUAUGCACCUCAAAAUAUCUAUUGUGUCCACAUAGACAAUAAAACAGAAGCUUCAGUCUUCUCCGCCAUCAGUGCCAUUACUUCCUGUUUCCCAAAUGUCUUCUUGGUCAGCCAGACUGUGAGUGUAGUCUAUGCUGCAUGGACGCGAGUGCAGGCUGAUCUUAACUGUAUGGCUGAUCUCUAUAAUGCCAAAACGAAAUGGAAAUACUUCAUCAACCUUUGUGGCCAGGAUUUCCCACUGAAGACCAACUUGGAGAUUGUCCAGGCACUGCGUUCACUGAGGGGUGCUAACAGCUUGGAGUCAGAGAAACUGCCUGCACAAAAGCAGUGGAGGGUGUCAAAUGCUUAUCACAUAGUUGAUGGGCAAAUCAAGGAAGCAGGAAAGACAAAGGAGCCACCUCCCUUCAACCUGCCCAUUAUGUCAGGAAAUGCUUACAUAGUGGUUACCCGAGGCUACAUCCGCAGCGUGUUGGAGGACAACCGAAUACAGACACUUAUGGAGUGGGCCAAAGACACCUUCAGCCCUGAUGAGUUUCUCUGGGCAACCAUUCAAAGAAUGCCUGGUGUUCCUGGCUCGACGUGGCCCAACGCCAAAUUCGACAUGACAGACAUCAAUGCGAUCGCGAGGCUGGUAAAGUGGGAGGGCCAUGAGGGGCCCCAGGGUUCGCUGGAGGCAGUGUACCCAGAAUGUGAAGGCAGUCAUGUCAGGUCGAUAUGUGUUUAUGGUGCCGGAGACCUGCAGUGGAUGCUUAAUCAGCAUCACCUCUUUGCCAAUAAGUUUGACGCAGACACGGAUCCCAUUGCUAUCCACUGUUUGGAGAGGUAUCUGAGACAGAAGGCACUAGCUGAGUUACAUUAG